ACCCAGCUUCUUUGCGGUUUGUUUUCAGUUUCCGGGCCUCAGGUAUCGAAGGAUGGCGGCAAUUGUGAGACGCUCUCCAAAUUUUCUUUUUGGAGCACGCAGUACAUUGCGAGCUCUCGUUUCUUCUCCUUCGUUCGAGACUCACAGGCAGCAAAAGAACUUUUGCCAUCAUGGACACACAAAAAUCAAAGUGGAUGGGCCUGUUGUUGAGAUGGACGGCGAUGAGAUGACUCGUGUGAUAUGGACAAUGAUUAAAGAUAGGCUCAUUAAACCAUAUCUGGAUCUGGAUAUAAAAUACUAUGAUCUUGGUUUGCCACAUCGAGACGAUACAGAUGACAAAGUAACAGUUGAAGCUGCUGAAGCCAUCAAGCAUUACAGUGUAGGAAUUAAAUGUGCAACCAUCACUCCAGAUGAGGAGAGGGUUAAAGAGUACAACCUGAAAAAAAUGUGGCGAAGUCCUAAUGGCACCAUUCGAAACAUCCUUGGUGGUACUGUAUUCCGUGAACCAAUCAUUUGCCAGAAAGUUCCCAGACUGGUCCCUGGAUGGGAAAAGCCAAUUGUGAUUGGAAGGCAUGCUCAUGGUGACCAGUAUCGUGCAAGAGAUUUUGUUGUGAAUGGACCAGGAGUGUUUGAAAUCUCCUACAGACCUGCUGAUGGGAGUGAAAAGCUGACCACUGAGGUGUUUGAGUUUACAGGGACUGGAGGUGUCACCAUGGGCAUGUAUAACACUGAUGAGUCCAUCAGGGAUUUUGCUCACAGUUGCUUCCAAUAUGCAUUGAGUAAAGAAUGGCCCCUGUAUAUGAGCACCAAGAAUACAAUUCUCAAGAAGUAUGAUGGCAGAUUUAAGGAUAUCUUUGAAGAGAUUUACGAAAGGUAUAAUGGUAUUUGGUGUUUAUUCUUGGUUUCUUCCUCCCUUCAGUCAAGCAAUGAGCAGUAGUAUUAUAAAUUUAUUUCCUCUGUAAAAUUAUUUAAUGGGGAUGUCCAAUCUGAUACACUGGCACAAGGCUUUGGUUCCCUUGGUCUUAUGACAAGUGUAUUAGUAUGCGGUGAUGGCAAAACAAUAGAGGCUGAGGCAGCCCAUGGUACUGUGACAAGACAUUACAGGGAGUACCAGAAGGGAAAUGAGACAAGUACCAAUCCCAUUGCCAGUAUUUUUGCAUGGACUCAAGGUUUACGUCACAGAGCAAGACUAGACAAGAAUGCUGAGCUCAAAAAGUUCUGCAAGGCUCUUGAGAAGGCAUGUGUUGAUGCUGUUGACAAUGGUCAUAUGACUAAAGAUCUUGCUGCUUGUAUCUAUGGACUUAGCAAUGUAAAGCGGGACCAGUACUGCUCAACUGAACAGUACUUUGAUGCUGUUGAGAAGCAACUUCACAACCUUUAUCAACCUCCUGCAUGAUGAUGAGUCAGCCAUAAAAGUUCCUGCUACAGAUAAUCCUUUAGGCUGAUAAUACAGUGGCAGAUUUAGCCCUGUAAUUGUGUUCAUUAUAAUUUAGGACAGACCUAGUUCCAAGCUAUUGCUUACUAUACAAUUUUCUUUGAGAUGAGUGUGACUAUCACUAAUGUAUUUUUUUGUUAAAAACUGGCACUAAUCAGUUCAAUUUUACUAAUGUAUUUUGCACACGGGCGCUUGCCUGAGCCUUCAUAUUACGAUUAUUCUGUGGUCAAGCCAGUCAAGUCCUAUCCUUUCAGUAUCAGUUGCAAAUUCUUGCAUAUGUAAUAUGCUGUGUGGUGAAUGUGAGUGCCAAUAACGUAUCUUUUACUUGUGAUCUGAAACAAGCUGCCAAAAAUUUUUGUAAGCGUACUCUGUAGUUAGGACUCAAAAUUUCUAUAGUGUGGAUAAUAUGUGGUUUAUUGUAUGUACUUGCAAAAUAGAAAAUAAAGUUGCUAUGAUUUUAAAAGUGA